UCUCGCGCUCUAUAUAAUGAGCUCACUGGCCGGCGCGCUUGCCUUCGCUUCAGCGUUUCGAUAUAUCGAUGCGAGGAGUUCCGGACCCCAGGGUUGACUUAUAUCCUUCAGCAUCCAAGUCUGUCCCAAUGGACAUUAACAUCAAUUCAACUGAUGAUGAAGUUGUACUGUACCUGGAAGGCAGGAAAGUUGGAGAUCCCACUCCAAACAAUGUCAUCACUGAAGUGAACCCUUUUGGCGUUGAACCAUGGGAUUCUCCUGAAAAAAUUUGGUACCUGUACCACUCAGAGGGGCCACGAUCUCCUGAAGGGGGAUGUGAAAUCAAAGCAACAAGAUCUGGGUACUGGAGACCAACAGAUGAUGUAAAGAUAUAUACAGGUACCAGCACCAUUGGUAGGAAAACAACACUGGAAUUUUGUAAAGGCAAAGUACCUUUCGGAGACAGAACUGGGUGGAUGAUGCAUGAAUAUCAGGCGGAACAGCAUAAGCUGAAUGGAUAUAUUUACUCAAAGGAUAGCAGUUCCUUGUUUAGAAUCUUCCUGCAAACUGACAGAAGUAGAAGUCAAGGGGAAUUGAAUUAUUCUGCAAGUGCUGGUGCAUCUGGUGGUGAGUAUGUAGAACAAUUGUUGUUGAGCCUUCUAGAACAAGAAGAGAUCAACUUAUGUCUGACGGUUUCUGCCAACAGUUCCCAGACUGUUGCUGAGAUGGAUCAAGCACAAUCAGCAUUGUCCAGCAGAAGGCCUGAUGAACCUGUACCCGAGAAUUUUUGUGCGAACAUGUAUGGAAAUUGUGACUUUGCAAAGGGAGAAUACUUGGAAUUGAAUGAUUUUAAUAGUCCAGAGACAUCUUCAGCUAGUUCAGGCAAUUCCAGCCGGUUGUCGGUGAAUUCUGAUGAAUACUUUGAUCCUGAUGCAUUAAUAAGGGAUAUUGAGAAUGAUCAUGGCCUUGGUGUUGAAGAGGAGUAUACAGAAUGCAGGUACAGUAUUUCUGUACCUGUCAAAUCAAGUCAGGUGGUUAUCAGGCCUCCGCCAUCAGGUUCAAUUAAAAGAAAUGGUAAUCUUGCAAUCUAUGAGAACAAUAAUUGUGGAACAGGCCAUCUGCUGGACAGAAAUGGAUUGACAAUACAGCCAGGGCAUUCUUCAUCGACUGAUAAGAUACAGCAAAAAGGAAAGGCUUCUACAACUAGCAGGCCGCUUGGUAGUCAUGCCAAUGAAAUUAAUGAUAGCUCACAGCGUCUCAGGGCUUCUGGGGGGAAUGGAAAGAACUCCAUUCAUAAGUUUGCAAAUAUAGGAAAAAAAUACUUCUGCUUUGGAUCAUUUUGAUCUUAACAUCGCCGGUGAUAUGAUUGACUCAGUACAUCACUGAUAUUGAUUAUAUGGGGAGAAAGGAUUCUCGUAGCAGUAUUGUCUCCAAGGUUUCCUUGCUUUCAGAUCCCAUAAAGAAGUUACCCUGAUAAUUUAAAUGUUUAUGUAUCAGCUUUGAGUGAUCACAAGGAAUGUAACACCCAUCUUGAAGUAAGUUGGCAAAUAGUUCUUCAAGAAGUACCAAGGGUGGAAGAUGUGUUUAGGUGUCUAGGCUUCAUCAUGUUUAUUUAACACAAGUCUUGCACAUUUACUUAGCUAAGUAUGAAUAUAUGCAUCAUAAUCAUCAUUCUCAGCACCAUUAGUUGUAAAAACUGAUAGCAAGACAGUUUUGUAUAUUUUGUUGAUAUAUGUAUUUGUUAUGUUUGUAUAACUACAUUGUCCAUUCAUAAUUAAUUGAUUACACUUUGACAUCA